GAGAAGGAGAAGCCGAAUUACGGCAACACAGGCCGGCUGGCGGCUGAGAGCAACACGGUGGCCGUCCACGGUGGCGGGACUGUGGUGCUGAAGUACCACGAGCCACCGGAGGCGCGCAAACCACCAGCCAAGGAAGCCUGGCGACUCUACGUGUUCAAAGGGCAGGAUCUACUAGAGGUGGUGGAGCUGGGCGAGCGCAGCUGCUGGCUGAUCGGACGCGAACGCUUGGUGGUGGAUUUCCCCCUCGACCAUCCAAGCUGCUCAAAGCAGCACGCUGCCCUGCAGUUCCGCUUCGUGGAGAAGAAAAACGAGUACGGCGACCGCAUCGGGAAAGUCAAACCGUACCUCAUCGACCUGGAGAGCGCCAACGGGUCCAGCCUCAACGGCGACAAGGUCCCGGGGGGGCGCUACCUCGAACUCAAGGAUAAAGACGUGCUACGCUUUGGUCUGAGUUCGCGGGAGUACGUCCUGAUGCUUCCG